AAUUCAUUUAAAAAGGAAAAAUUGGAGAGUAGGCGAACAUUUUUAUCUUGAAUGUGAAUUCUAAAUCCAUCUUUGUCUCACUACUUCUUGAAGCUCUUACAUUUCUUACUUUUCCUUUGAGGCUGUUAGUUCUUAUUCUCUUUCUUAGGUUCUUGUCUUGUCUGUGUUUCAAUCCUAGGGUUUUGUUAGUGGUUCUCUUUUCUCUUCACCCUGAAUAUUCUACCUAGUUUUGUUCCUGUCCAUGAUUUAAAACAUUAUUCCUAGGUUCAGUUUAAAAUCUCUAUUUCUGCUUCAGACUCCUCUUUUUAAAAAUUUCAGACCCUUUUCUCAGCUGCUUGGUGUACCCAUCUUUACCUGGCUAUUUGCAGACACCUGAAACAUACCAUGUCUACAAUAGAGCUUAUCAUAUUCAUCCUGCCUCCGCCUUCUUUCACAGUUUGUGCUUUUGUACUCCCUGCUUGCUGUACAUAGUUUCAAACUAAAAACCUGAAAACCAUCUCCCCAGUGUAUUCCUCUCUAGUACAGUUUAGCCCCCAAGCAGGAUUUCUGCUUUUUCUUCUUCUUCCCUAUUCCCCCUUACCACUUUGUUCAUUAGAUACUUAUCAUGUCUUGAUUGGCCUCUUAGGCAGUGUGAAUUUUCUCUCCAUAUCCAGUUUACCCUCCUCCAAUACAUCCUUCUAUUGGCUGAAAGAGUCCUCUUUCUAAACACAAAUCUGAUUUUUAUGUCUUUGAUUGUAAUUCUUCUCUGACUCCAUUUUUCCUACAGAAUAAAAUAUAAACUUUGUAGAGUAGUCUAGGAAGCCAUUUAUGAUUUGGCCCCCGCUUCCCUUUUCUGCCUCAUAGUAUUAGUCUCUUUCAGUAAGGAAUAGUAUGGUAUUUUCUAAUGUCUGUGUUCCUUUAGCCUGAAAUGCCUUUCUUUGGUAUGUCUGUCUGCCUGGCAAAAAAUCAGUUUUGAGAAUCAUGUCUGUAAAACCUUCUCUGACUUUGACAUUCCCAGGUAAGUUUGGGCACUCCUUUUUUUCUUUUUUAAUACUUCUGUCAUUCAUAUAUAUGUAUGCAUGUAUAUGCACAUAUACACACACAUAUAAAAUGUGGUAUAAUUCCCCUCAUUUUAACUCUAAUCACAUUGUACUAUAAUUCUUUUUUUUUUUUUUUUCAUGUGUCACUUUACUAAAUUGUAAUUUUUUUAAAGACAGGUACUACACCUUUUUUAUUGGUGUCUUCUUGGACAAUGACAUUUGUAUGCCUGGUACAUAGUAAUAACUAUGUGGGACAUAAUUUUACUAAAUGAUUGUAUUAAACAGGAGAAUGAAAAAUACAGGCUGGAGAGGGAUGCCCAUGGUUUUUCUAAAGAGGAGGUCACUGGAACAUGGGGAUCUUUAACAUCUAAUCUUUGAUACAGCAGAGAAAAAAGCCUUUUGUUUAUGCAAUGAUGUAUUCUAUAGGAAUAAAGAGAACUAUGAUCUUUUGAAAGUUUAAAUAGGGAUAAAUGCUUUGUUGCUGUUGAUACAUGGGGAACAUGUGAAAAGUGCAGUUUAUUUUUUUUUUAGGAACAGGAUUAUUGCUGACUGGUGGAAAGUGGAUUUUAAUUUGUAGGGACAUUGGAGAUUAAGAACUACUCAUCACAAGAUACUUGAAAUGCAGCCACAGUGAAUUAAAGAGUCUAAGUAUUGUGCAGUUAAAAUAUGAACUAUUGCUGUAACUAAAAGAAGAGAGUCAUAAAUAGGGAUAAUAAUGUUAGUGGUAGUUUCACCUAAUUGGAAAAAGUAUUUAUUGAGUACAUAUACUAAAGAUACUCAAUGUUUUAUUUUGAAGAAUAUUUCACAUUCAUGAUCAUAUUUGACCCUCUACGUAGUCACUGUGCUGUGAUAUUCAGUAGUGCAAAGCCUAGAGGGGCUCUGUCUUCAAGGAGAUCACCAUCUGGGGGGCAACUAGCAGAUACAAAACAAUGAGUAGUAGUACAAAUUAAUAUCUAAUGAAGUGUUAAAUUGGGCAGUAUGGUUCCUUAAUAUUGCAAUGGUUAUGAGUAUGGAAAGAAUGUUAAUGAGUCAGUUUCUUUUAUUCACUCAGCAAAUAUUUGAGGACCUUUUGUGUGUUGCAACUAUCAGACACUUCCCUGAACCUCAGUUUCCUCAUUUGUCACUAAAAGUAUCACUUAGAGCUGCAUUGUUAAAUGGCACCCUUCCUUGGAGCUGCUUGCAAAAGACAGCCAGACAGUGGAGACCUAAGCUUAGAAUUUUGGGUUUUAACUCCUAAUUCCUGUGGUAAAGGUUUUUUGGAAUAGGGAAUUGAAAGAUGAUGGAUAUAGCUUGAUGAGAAGCAGAGAAAGAAGGUUUUCUAGGAAAAGUGAAAAAUGUGACUAGAAAAAGCAUCGAGGGGAGAAGGAACUGGGGCAUUUUCUUUUUAAAUUUUUAUUUAUUUAUUUAUUUAUUUAUUUAUUUUUCCAAUAUAUGAAGUUUAUUGUCAAAUUGGUUUCCAUACAACACCCAGUGCUCAUCCCAAAAGGUGUGGGGCAUGUUUUUGUGGCAGUGAGGAAAGGGCCCUCUAUCAUAGUGAAGGGCGAAUAUAAGGUAGGAGUGGAAAAUAAAGUUACAUGGAGCAAGAUCUUUAAGGAUAUUCAACGUUAGACAGGUUUAAGAGCUAGUAGGAUGUGUUAAAAGUCCAGUAUUUUUGAAAUGGGCAAUUCCCGUCAUCCAAAUUGUGGGUGUGAUAGUUCACUGGAUAUUUCCUGAAGUUCUUUCACAUGUCUGUGGUCUCUUCUUUACCCCCACCUCAACUGACUGCAUGUUUUGGGUGUUUUGGUAUAUUCCAUGAACAGCAAAUGAAUUUCAGGCUUGCCUCUUCUUUUAUUUGCCACAACUUUCACUACUUUUCUGGCAAUUUUCCUAAGAAAAAUAUGUUUUUUUAUCUUAGACUUUUUAUUUACUAUUUAUGUUUUUUUAUUUAUUAUAGUCAAAUCUUUGACUUGAUUCUGUGAAAAGAGACUGGAAUUGGGCCAAGCUAUGUGAGCGUUACCCAAGUUCUACGGUUUGUUUUUUCAUAUCAUUGAGACAUGUACUGUACAGUACUCUGCUUGAUGGAUUCUUUACUUGCAAAACUAUCAUCUAUAUCACAUUAAAGAACUUGAGUACUACCUCCAUAAGACUCCUUCCUGCCCCAUCCCAGUCAAAUCUACCUUAAAUUGUUUUUCUGUUUGUUUUUUUUCGAUUCUUAGUUUUCAUUGUAACCACACUUAACUAGCUCUCACGUGUAAGGUUUUGUUCAAAGCAGAGUACAUAUAUUACCUUAAACCUCAAGGAAACUCUCUAAGGUAGGGACUAUUCCCCUCAUCUUACGGAUGAGGCACAGAAAGGUUAAAUAACUUGAUCAAAGUCACACACAGUGGAAAAGGUAUGAUUUGAACCUUAGCCAUCUGGCUCCAGAAUCCAUGUUUUUAAUUUCUGUGCUGUAUUGCUUAGUUUCAACUGAAGAUACUAGUAGAUCUUACGGUAUGUAAUUCUAAACAUUUUAUGUCACAGCCCUUUGUGGCAAAGAUAAUUCUCAGAGUUUAAAGGGAAGGGUAGAAAAAGUAGAAAUACUUUCGAGACUUACUGGGGAAAAAUAUACCAGAAUGGGCAAGAGUUUUUGCAGGUUGCUUAACUUUUAAGACUAGGAAGUAUGGUUUUGUAGACAUAAAGCAUAUAGGAGAGUUUGAGUUAGGACAGAGCAUGACAGAUACUGGAGAGUGUGAAAACCUUGUAUUUGAUUGUCAUUAUAAUAGGUUAAAAUAUCAGUCUUAGAGUAUUCAAAAUGUGAUUUUUCUUAUUUCAAAAAGAAGGCAUGAAUAAAAAAAGACUAAUGAUACAUGUAACAAAUAACGUGGAUCACGCAAAAUAUGCUGAGCUAAAGAAGCCAGUCAUAAAAAUAGUGUAAACAAUUCCAUUUAUAUUAAAUUCUAGUACAGGCAAAACUAAUCUGUGAUGAUAGAAAGCAGAUGAGUGAUUGCUUGGGAUAUGGGUGGGAGCUUAGGAGUGGGGGUGGGGGGAAAAUGUCACAAGCUGAAGUAACAGCACUUAGGGCCCUGAAACAAUUGUGAACUCUCUGAAGAGCAGAGAAGACCAUGUGACUGAAGCUUAUUAAACUGGAAUGGAGAGUAGAAGUCAGAGAUGCCAACAGAGGCUGGGUUAGUAUAAGCCAUGGUCAUACUUGGAUUUAAUUGAAGUUAUUGUGGUAAGUUGCUGGAAGUUGGAGAAUGAAUUGUCAAACAUUGAAGCAAGAAGUUUGGAGAAAAGGCUGUCGCAGGUGGUUCAGGCAUUUGAUGAUGGUGUUCUGGGCAGGGAUAGGAAUGGUCAAGAUUUAAAGAAAUGAUUGAGGGUCGCUGGGUGGCUCAGUUGGUUAAGUGCCUGACUCUUGAUUUUGGCUCAGGUCAUGAUCUCAUGGUUCUUGAGUUUGAGCUCUGUGUCAGGCUCCAUGCUGACAGCGCGGAACUUACUUGGGAUUCUCUCUGCCCCUCCCCUGCUUGAGCUCUUUCUGUCUCAAAAUAAACAAAACUUAAAAAAAAAAAAUGAAGUCAGGAGAUACCUGUGUAGGUAGUGCCAAAAAGAAUUGUUGUGGGAGUGAGGAGAAAGGGAAGGUUUUAACGAUGACUCCUAGGUUUUUGGCUCCUUGAGGGGAUGGUAGUCCAAUUUUUUGAGACAGGAAAGUGGAGAGAAGAAUGAGUUUGGGAGUGGACAUUGUUUUAUUUAGAUCUCUGUGUUCAUUAGGAAAAUAUCUUUUUUCUCACUUUUUACUUUUAUUUUACACUUUGUUGAAUUGACUAUAGUAGGUGGUAGUACAUUUUUUUUUUGUAUGCUUGUCUAGAGUUGACCCUGUCUUCCCUUUGUGCUAGGAUGUCUGAAUUGAUUGAAAAAGAAACUGAAGAAUAUCGUAAGGGGGAUCCAGACCCAUUUGAUGACCGACAUCCUGCUGGUGAAUGCAUAUGUGAUGACAAGCCGAGAGCCCCCUUUGAACACUGCAGCUUGCAGACUUCUAUUGGACAUCAUGCCAGGGCUGGAAACUGCUGUUGUCUUUCAAGAAAAGGAGGGAAUUGUUGAGAAUCUUUUCAAAUGGGCCCGAGAGGCUGAUCAGCCAUUGAGGACGUAUUCUACUGGACUGUUAGGAGGUGCUAUGGAGAAUCAAGACAUUGCUGCCAACUAUAGAGAUGAGAAUUCACAGCUGGUGGCAAUAGUACUUCGAAGACUGAGGGAGCUACAACUUCAGGAAGUGGCUUUGAGGCAGGAAAACAAGCGUCCCAGCCCGCGAAAGCUCUCCUCUGAACCCCUUUUGCCUCUGGAUGAAGAAGCUGUGGAUAUGGACUAUGGCGACAUGGCUGUAGAUGUAGUGGAUGGUGAACAAGAGGAAGCCUCUGGGGACAUGGAGAUUUCCUUUCAUCUUGAUUCAGGCCACAAGACCAGUAGUAGAGUGAACUCAGCAGCCAAACCUGACGAGGGAGGAUUGAGGAAAAACAAGUCAGCAAAACAGGGUGACAGAGAGAGUUUUAGGAAAGCCAAGCAGAAGUUGGGUUUCUCAGCAUCUGAUCCAGAUCGUAUGUUUGUUGAGCUAUCUAAUAGCAGCUGGUCAGAAAUGUCCCCUUGGGUGAUUGGCACCAAUUAUACUCUUUAUCCUAUGACUCCUGCUAUUGAGCAGCGACUCAUUCUCCAGUAUUUGACCCCCCUAGGAGAAUAUCAGGAGUUACUUCCCAUAUUCAUGCAACUUGGAUCACGGGAAUUAAUGAUGUUCUAUAUUGACCUGAAACAGACUAAUGAUGUCCUGCUUACAUUUGAGGCGCUCAAGCACCUUGCAUCUCUCCUGCUCCAUAACAAGUUUGCCACAGAGUUUGUUGCGCAUGGUGGAGUACAGAAAUUACUGGAAAUUCCUCGUCCUUCUAUGGCUGCAACUGGUGUAUCCAUGUGCUUGUAUUACCUGUCCUACAACCAGGAUGCCAUGGAAAGAGUUUGUAUGCAUCCCCACAAUGUUCUGUCUGAUGUGGUGAACUAUACUCUGUGGUUAAUGGAAUGUUCUCAUGCCUCAGGAUGCUGCCAUGCUACCAUGUUUUUCUCAAUUUGCUUCUCCUUCCGGGCUGUGUUGGAGCUCUUUGACCGCUAUGAUGGUCUUCGUCGUCUGGUGAAUUUGAUCAGUACUUUGGAGAUUCUAAAUUUGGAAGAUCAGGGUGCACUUCUGAGUGAUGAUGAAAUAUUUGCUAGCCGCCAAACUGGGAAACAUACCUGCAUGGCCUUGCGCAAGUACUUUGAGGCUCACCUGGCCAUUAAAUUGGAACAAGUAAAACAGUCACUUCAGAGGACUGAGGGUGGCAUUCUUGUCCAUCCUCAACCCCCAUACAAGGCGUGUUCAUAUACUCAUGAACAGAUUGUGGAAAUGAUGGAGUUUUUGAUAGAGUAUGGUCCAGCGCAGCUAUAUUGGGAACCAGCUGAAGUCUUCCUCAAACUUUCUUGUGUUCAACUCUUGUUGCAGCUUAUUUCUAUUGCCUGCAAUUGGAAGACCUAUUAUGCAAGGAAUGAUACUGUGCGCUUUGCUUUGGAUGUUCUGGCUAUUCUCACUGUUGUGCCAAAAAUCCAGCUGCAGUUGGCAGAAUCAGUGGAUGUGCUAGAUGAGGCUGGCUCCACCGUCUCCACUGUAGGUAUCAGCAUUAUUUUGGGAGUGGCUGAGGGUGAGUUCUUUAUCCAUGAUGCUGAAAUUCAGAAGUCAGCACUUCAGAUUAUCAUCAAUUGUGUUUGUGGCCCGGAUAACCGAAUUUCCAGUAUUGGCAAGUUUAUCUCUGGAACUCCUCGGAGAAAGCUGCCUCAGACUCCAAAAAGUAGCGAGCACACCCUGGCCAAGAUGUGGAAUGUGGUUCAGUCCAACAAUGGCAUCAAGGUGCUCCUGUCCUUAUUAUCCAUCAAGAUGCCCAUCACUGAUGCAGACCAGAUAAGGGCUCUGGCCUGCAAGGCCCUAGUGGGCCUUUCUCGCAGUAGCACUGUCCGGCAGAUCAUCAGCAAACUGCCCCUUUUCAGCAGCUGCCAGAUCCAGCAGUUGAUGAAGGAGCCUGUGCUGCAGGACAAGCGCAGUGAUCAUGUCAAGUUCUGCAAGUAUGCCGCUGAGCUCAUUGAACGAGUGUCAGGAAAGCCUCUUCUCAUUGGCACUGAUGUGUCUCUGGCACGACUGCAAAAAGCAGAUGUUGUUGCCCAGUCAAGGAUUUCCUUCCCUGAGAAAGAGCUGCUUCUGUUGAUACGUAACCAUCUCAUUUCUAAAGGGCUUGGGGAGACAGCAACCGUGCUGACGAAAGAGGCUGACUUGCCCAUGACUGCCGCUUCUCAUUCUUCUGCCUUCACCCCAGUCACUGCUGCUGCUUCUCCUGUCUCUCUUCCCCGAACACCUCGCAUCGCCAACGGCAUUGCAACUCGACUGGGCAGCCAUGCUUCUGUGGGUGCCACUGCCCCUCCUGCCCCCACUGCCCAUCCUCAGCCACGGCCCCCGCAAGGUUCACUAGCCUUGCCUGGCCCAUCUUACGCAGGCAAUUCCCCCUUGAUUGGUAGGAUCAGUUUUAUCAGAGAGAGGCCAUCACCCUGCAAUGGCAGGAAAAUCAGAGUGUUGCGGCAGAAGUCGGACCAUGGCGCCUAUAGCCAAAGCCCAGCCAUAAAAAAGCAGUUGGACAGACAUCUUCCUUCCCCACCUACGCUGGACAGUAUCAUCACAGAAUAUCUUAGAGAGCAGCAUGCUCGCUGCAAGAACCCAGUUGCCACCUGCCCACCUUUUUCCCUCUUUACUCCUCAUCAGUGUCCUGAGCCAAAACAGAGGCGGCAAGCGCCAAUAAACUUUACCUCAAGGCUAAACCGCAGGGCAUCAUUUCCAAAGUAUGGAGGGGUGGAUGGCGGAUGCUUUGAUAGGCACCUUAUCUUUAGCAGGUUCCGUCCUAUUUCAGUGUUCAGGGAAGCCAAUGAGGAUGAGAGUGGUUUCACUUGCUGUGCAUUCUCAGCACGGGAGCGGUUCCUGAUGCUUGGCACCUGCACUGGGCAGUUGAAGCUCUAUAAUGUGUUUAGUGGACAAGAGGAAGCCAGCUAUAACUGUCACAAUUCGGCUAUCACACAUCUUGAACCUUCCAGGGAUGGGUCCUUGCUGCUGACAUCUGCUACUUGGAGCCAGCCUCUGUCUGCACUUUGGGGAAUGAAAUCAGUAUUUGAUAUGAAGCAUUCCUUCACAGAAGAUCACUAUGUUGAGUUCAGUAAGCACUCUCAGGAUCGAGUCAUAGGUACAAAAGGAGACAUUGCCCACAUUUAUGAUAUUCAGACUGGCAACAAGCUGUUGACUCUGUUUAACCCAGAUCUUGCCAACAACUACAAGAGGAACUGUGCCACCUUUAAUCCUACAGAUGAUCUUGUCUUAAAUGAUGGCGUCCUCUGGGAUGUCCGCUCUGCACAAGCCAUCCACAAGUUUGACAAGUUCAACAUGAACAUCAGUGGCGUUUUCCAUCCAAAUGGGCUGGAGGUCAUCAUUAAUACUGAGAUUUGGGAUCUUCGCACUUUCCAUCUUUUACACACAGUUCCUGCUCUGGAUCAGUGUCGUGUUGUGUUCAACCACACGGGGACAGUGAUGUAUGGAGCUAUGUUGCAGGCAGAUGAUGAGGAUGACUUAAUGGAAGAGAGGAUGAAAAGCCCUUUUGGAUCAUCCUUCCGAACAUUUAAUGCAACUGACUACAAACCUAUAGCAACCAUUGAUGUGAAACGGAACAUCUUUGACCUGUGUACAGACACCAAAGACUGCUAUCUUGCUGUCAUUGAGAACCAAGGCAGCAUGGAUGCUCUGAACAUGGACACAGUAUGCAGGCUAUAUGAAGUGGGCAGGCAACGUUUGGCAGAGGAUGAGGAUGAAGAGGAGGACCAGGAAGAGGAAGAACAGGAGGAAGAAGAUGACGAUGAAGAUGAUGACGACACUGAUGAUCUAGAUGAGCUUGACACUGACCAGUUGCUGGAGGCGGAGUUGGAGGAGGAUGACAACAACGAGAACGCAGGGGAGGAUGGGGACAAUGACUUUUCUCCCUCUGACGAGGAGCUAGCGAACCUUCUAGAGGAGGGAGAGGAUGGGGAGGACGAGGACUCUGAUGCGGACGAGGAAGUGGAACUGAUCCUGGGGGACACGGACAGCUCUGACAACUCUGAUUUGGAAGAUGACAUCAUCUUAUCUCUGAAUGAAUGAGGGACCAUCAUCAUAUGGAAGACAUUCUUGACAGGCGAGAAACUGAGUCAGAUGAAUUCAGAACACCUUCCCUUCCCCAUCUCCCAGGGCUGUCUUUUAAGGAACUGCAUGCCCUGCAUUCAGAGGAAUAUGGCUUAGAGAGCCUCACUGGAAUCUGAGGGUCCUUCUAAAACAAUAACAACCACAAAAAGACAACAGGGUUUAGGCCCUAUUCUGCUUCCCCCCUUCUCCUAGGAUGGACAGCUCUUUCCUCAAGGGGGGGGAAAAACAUGUCUCUGGGGUUAUUUCACAAUAUAUUUUCUUUGUAUAACGUUCUUUACUUAAAGAACAAGAAAUAGUUUUUUAUAAAACUUAAAAAGAAAAAAAAAACAGGCAUUUAUAACUGAGGGUAUGAACUUAUAUCCACCAGGUCUCUUGUCCCUGCACUUCAUUUUCUAUGGAAGAAAAUGAUGUCUAAAGAACAAUACAGAGGCAUUUUUACAUACGUAUUUAAAUGAAAAGGAAAAUCGUGGUUUCUUAAAUUGAUAAGGAUUAAGAGUAUUUUAUUAUAAAUAUAAUAUAUGAUUUUUUAACCUGUUUUGUUGCCUCAUAUGCUGUCAGGUUAAUUUGCUUUCCUUCGUGCCCGAGGUGGGGAGGAAGGCACUGCUUGUUUGCUGAGUAAAUUCCCAGGUUCACCCACCUUCAUGGUUUGGGGGCAGCAAGGUCGUUGUGGAUAUUGGUUUUGUGGAGUUGAGGGAACUUAGGAUAUAAGUUCACUCCCUCUAUUUUUCUUUGUGAUUGUUUUUCAAAAAUUUUUUUCUUCCCUUUCUCCCCAAUGUGGAAAUUACAAAUCAAAGGCCUUUUUUCUUUAAUGUAAAGUGUAUUUAUUUAAAAAAAAAUACAAAAUAAACUACAAGUCUGUCUUUGUUU